CACAGUAAAUCUGGCAACGCUGCGUGCGACUGACGAAUGCGAAUGUAGCCGUGCUGAAUAAAAUACAAACGAACUGGAACAGCUGUUCUCUGUCCGCUGUCAGAAAAUGUAGACGUAGGUGUUUUUAGUGCCGUUUCAAAAAUUACCCACGACUUUCAGACCUUAUUGACAAGCAUGAAAAUAGCAGCAACUGCGUUCAACAACAAAGACAUAUUCAAAAUCCUCACUUAUGCUUCUCAACCUAAGCCUAGCUAGAUUAACGAGGACAAUAAAAAGGAAGCUCCGCAAACUAAAAAUGGAAGCCAGCGGCCACCUGAUAAGCGACGAAUACACAGAAGUGUACAGCCGCCUACCCUUUAAACUACACCUAGCCUACGGCGUCGGUCACGUCCUGAACGACGUCUGCGCAUCCAUGUGGUUCACGUACCUUCUGGUAUUCUUCCACCUAGUCCUGGAGUUCAGCAACUGGGAGACGGGAUUCAUGCUCCUGGUGGGUCAAGUGGCGGACGCCAUAGCCACCCCCUUCGUCGGCUACCACUCCGACCAGUCCGACAACUUCUGGUUCUGCCGAUACGGCAGGCGGAAAGUGUGGCACCUGUUCGGCACCAUUUGCGUCCUGGGAGCUUUCCCUUUCAUCUUUUCCCCUUGCAUGGGGUGUACCGAGAGCCACAAGUCGGCGCAAAUCUUCUACUAUUGCAUAUUCAUAAUAAUUUUCCAGUUUGGUUGGGCUUCUGUGCAGAUCUCGCACUUGUCCUUGAUACCAGAGCUGACCCCCAACGAACAAGACCGCACCAAACUCACCGCCGUCCGAUACUGCUUCACUGUGAUAUCUAACCUCUUGGUCUACGUGAUAACCUGGAUGGUGCUGCACCUGGACAACGGCGAGCACUCCAGGAUCGGACCCAAGGACGGGCCCAAGUUCCAGCACGUGGUGUGGUCAGUUCUGUCGCUAGGCAUAGUGUGUACGUUGAUUUUCCAUUUCUUCGUCAAAGAAACUGACAACGGGACCAGUCAGAACGUCAGGGGUGGGCAGUUGAGGAUCAGCAUGAGGGAACUGUUCACCUCUUUCAAAGUUUACCAAGUCGCCAUCGUCUACAUGGCUUCCAGGUUAUUCGUCAAUCUGACUCAGGUCUUCAUCCCUCUGUACCUCCACGAAACGCUCAACAUGGCCGCAAGCUCUCUAGCCUUGGUACCACUGACGAUGUACGUUGGCAGUUUGAUCACCUCCACCUCAAUAGAAAGGAUAAACAGGUUUUGUGGGAGAAAGAUAACCUACGCGAUUGGGGCCGUUAUAGGUAUCGCGGGCUGUAUUUGGAUAAAGUUCGGGCAAGGCCAAGGCUACGUGUCGUCUUACAUCUACGUGGUAGCUUGCCUGCUAGGUUCUGGAGGCUCGAUCAUCCUCGUGUCCAGUCUGGGGAUAACGACCGACUUGAUUGGUGAAAAAACCGACAGCGGCGCUUUCAUAUACGGGCUGAUGAGCUUCACGGAUAAACUGGCGAACGGGGUAGCCGUCGUAAUUAUACAAUAUCUGCAUAACGACGCUUCGGACACGACGUACUACAGGGACGUAUUGACGAACGUGUGUGGGGGAUCGGCUUUGUUGGGGGCCGUCACUGUGAUAUUUCUGUUUAAUAGGGUCAGGACGCGGAAUCUGCUGUACGAAAAUGUUCCUACUUAUAAUUCUAUCAACUAGUUACAGUUUCGUGAAACUAGCCAAUUUUAUAAACUAACACGUAAGAUAAUUCAUUGUGAUUUAUUUGUGAAUUUGUAAGGAUGUCCCGAAUACUAAAAACCUUCGGUAACUUUUUAGGAUUGAGUCUUAUCAAAAAAAAAAGUAGUAGAAACCAACCAACUUGCUAGUGACCUUGAGUUUCACCUUCAUUGUAAGUUUCAAUGUCAAACCAAGGUCAACUUGGGAAUAUUAAAUGGAACGCUUUAUUUUUUAUAGCAGCAAACGAUAGAAA